AUGUCUGGACCUCUCACGGUACUCGUGUCCUCGCGGGCCAUCCUCCCCGGCCCCGACGGCCGCUCGCUCGCCGAGUCCCCGGCCACAAUCGCCAUCUCCCCGGCCACGGGCAAGAUCGUCUCCGUCGCGCCGACCAUCCUCCCGCGCGGCGACUUCCCCAGCGACACGACCUACAUCGACCACUCGCCGCGCGUGCUCCUCCCGGGCCUCGUCGACGCGCACGUCCACCUCAACGAGCCGGGCCGCACCGAGUGGGAGGGCUUCUGGACGGGCACGCGUGCGGCGGCCAGCGGCGGCGUCACCACCGUAGUCGACAUGCCGCUCAACGCCAUCCCGCCGACGACCACGGUGCAGGGCUUCCGCGAGAAGCUCAAGGCGAGCGAGGGGCAGUGCUGGGUGGACGUGGGCUUUUACGGAGGCGUCAUCCCGGGCAACGCCAACGAGCUCAAGCCGCUCGUCGAGGCUGGCGUCCGCGGCUUCAAGGGCUUCCUGAUUGAAUCCGGUGUCGACGAGUUUCCCGCAGUGACGGGCAAAGACGUCGCCCUCGCCAUGGACACGCUCAAGGACUCGCCGACGACGCUCAUGUUCCACGCCGAAAUGGUGCCGCACGAGGGCGCGCCCGCCAUCGACGCCAGCAGCGCCGACGCCACGGCCUACCAGUCCUUUCUCGACUCGCGCCCGCCGUCUUUUGAGACGUGCGCCGUCGAGGAGAUUCUCUCGCUCGCGCACAUCGCGCCCAAGCUGCACCUCCACAUUGUGCACCUCUCCGCGACGCAGGUCAUCCCGCUGCUCCAGGCCGCGCGCGCCAAGGGCACCUACAUCACCGCCGAGACGUGCUUCCACUACCUGGGGCUCUCCUCCGAAGAGAUUGAAAAGGGCGACACGAGGCACAAGUGCUGCCCGCCGAUCCGCGAGGGCAAGAACCGCGACGGCCUAUGGGAGGAGCUGGUCGCCGGCGACUCGUGCAUCACGACGGUCGUGUCGGACCACUCGCCAUGCACGCCCGAGCUGAAGCUGCUGCCCGCCCACCUGCAAAAAGAAGUGGCUGCCGAAAAGGCCGAGGCCAAGAAGAACGGCGGCGACUUCUUUGCUGCCUGGGGCGGCAUUUCGUCUGUCGGUCUCGGCCUGCCCAUCUUUCACUCCUCCGCCAAGGCCCGCGCGGCGGCCAAGUCACCGGCGCCGAGCCUGACGGACAUGGUGCGUCUCUGCUGCCAGGCGACGGCGGAGCAGGUCGGCCUCGCGCACCGCAAGGGCGCGCUCCGGGCAGGCUUGGACGCUGACAUCUGCGUGUUUGACGACCGUGAGGUGUGGACGUUUUCGCAGGGCGAUAUGCGCUGGAAGAACCGCUGCUCGCCGUGGGAGGGCCACGAGUUCACCGGUCGCGUCCGGGAGACGUGGCUACGCGGCACCAAGAUUUUUGAGCACGGUGCGGGCAAGGAUGGCCUUGUCACGGAGAAGCCAGUCGGCAAGACUAUUACGGAGAAGAGGACCUCGUAG